GAACAGCUCCGUUAUACUUCAGCGCGGCUUCAAAGCGACCUUUAUUUCAGCUCAGCGCGUCGAAGAGUGCACUUAACAAUUAACAGAAGUGAUUUGCAUACUGAGUUUUCAAGUGUUACAGUUAGUUUUUCGAUUUGUGCUUUGAUUAAUUGGAGAAGAAAAAUGUUCGCUCAUUCCGCUCAAGAAGAAGCCAAGUUGGACGCCAUGCAACGCCACUGGCACCAACUGAGACGUGGAGGAUCUUCAUCGUCCGCCUUCUUCGAGGAAGCCGUCACCGAGGAACUACUAACUCUGCCCCGCCAGGCCUCAAGGAACGUAUCGUCGGUGUCAUCAUGCGUUACACCAAGGGCUCCGCCCACAUUCACGUGCAGCGACGUCGAGAGCGACUCCGAAUUUUGGGAACAAAAAGAGUCUGCGAAGCCCACACCGGUAAAAGAACAAAGAUAUGAAAGCUUAACCCUCGAUGCAUCUACAAUAGGUGACUUACCAGCCCGUUACACAAUCUGUGCUGUUGAACCGCAUCAAUUCCCUGUAAUCGGUGUCUACGUAGAUCAACGCGUCGUACCAGGAUUCAAGUACCGCGUCAGGCCUCUACCAGCCGUCGGCAAAAAAUCAACCAUCAACAAAUGCCUUUUCGACAACCGUGCCCUGACUUUAAGAUCAAUCGGUAGAGGAUACGCCAGAAGGUUCACGUUCGAAGCUGACGAUAACAAGUUAAACGACAAUGAGAACUACUUCUGGAGCGAUAACCGACCAGAGGGAUAUUCCUUUGAAUUGGAGGUCAUGUCCGAAGGCGACAAGUUCACUAUUUUUGAUCUGAAUCACGAAGCACAAGGCACCCUGGAAAUCUUGAAUAUCAUGGGACCUCAAUUAGAAAUAGGUAGUUCUCUUAUUAAAAACAAUGUCGAAAAAAGGGCAAAUGUCAAGUUUACUGGUAAAGUUGAAUUCUUUGAAACUGGUGUAGCUAAACCGAUGCCACUUUCUGGCACUGUGGUUUCCAUUAAAACAAGGAGCAAGGCCACCGCCGAAAUCUCAAAGGUUCUUAAUGUUACCAUUAAGAAACAAAGGUAUUAUUUGGUGCCUGGAAUGCAAAAGGUUCACCGCAGAUGCACAGUCAGAGGAAGUGAUAUCAAUGAUGUACCCACCAAGUACACGAUGACCGGAUUGGAGCACUAUGAAAUACCUGUUGUAGGAACGUACGUGGACCCGAGAAUAAUCCCAGGCUUCUACUACAAGGUCAGACCGAACGACAGAAAGGAACACCUCUUCGACGGACGUGCCCUGAAACUCUUGAGCAUUGGCAUGGGCUACGCCAAACGUUUGACAUUCCAACCGGACUCUCUGGUCUCUCCUGACAAUUACCUAUGGUCUGACAAUCAUCCGGACGGUUUGGGUCUCGAAGUCAGAGCCGUGCGAAAAGGACUGGCGUUCGUGGUCAAAGCGAGCGACAAGAUUUUAGGUGAAGCCACCGUUUUCAGGGCCGACAAACCGCAAAUGGAAGAACGAAUGGAAAAAGUACCGACAGCUUCCGGUCAGUUCGCGAUCGAAAAGUACAUCCACAUCGACGUGAUGUGCCACUUUAAAUUGGCAAGAACUGGAGGCGCCUCUACAGAAAACGACGAACAUUUGAUGAGGGUUUGCGGACUGGCGGUUGUUAGAAAAGAACCUAAAGCGUCUGAAGCUCGCGUCGUUCGCGUAGAGAACGUCGGUAUUGACUCGCAGCUGAACGUGUUGUUUGCACAAACGCACACCGAAUUGGUAUUUGAACCCAAAAAUUAAUUCUUAUAUUAUGGUAGCUUGUAUUAUGCACUACAUAAUAAUUGUAAGACUUAUUUAUUACAUUUUUGGAAUGACUUUCCUCUCUUGGUUGAUCAGUUUUAUUGAUUAUAUCGUGUAAUGUAAUCAAGAAAACGCAAUAAUGUGAUUUAUUUGUAGGUUUAGAAUGUAUUUUAUUUUUUUGUUAUGGUGAAUAAUAAAGAUUAAGAUUAUUUUUA